AUGUGCUACGGAAACUACUUUGGUGGCCUGGGCUACGGCUAUGGUGGCCUGGGCUAUGGCUAUGGUGGCCUAGGUUAUGGCUAUGGUGGCCUGGGCUAUGGCUAUGGUGGCCUGGGCUAUGGCUAUGGUGGCCUGGGCUAUGGCUAUGGCUGUGGCUGUGGCUCUCGAUAUGCAUACAGCACCUAUCGUCCAUGCUGCUAUGGAAGAAUGUCUGGGUUCUACUAA